AUGACCAAUUCUGCUGAGACGGGCGACUCCUCUGAAGCCGAGCUUGACCUUCACAAUCAACAACAGUCCCUUUCGAAAUCUAGCUCGUCCACAGGUCUAGAGUCUUCUUCCUCAAUCCCAUCGACUACUCCUCCUGCAGCCCAAUAUACAAGUCAAGAUACAGAUCAACGGACGGGAUCAACUCUUGCCGGUAUAACAAUGGCAACAGACGACAGUUCUCGAACACUAUCUCCGCAACAUACAGAAUCGAUACAUCCUCGAGAUGACUAUCAACACCUACAACACCAUCAAAGUGGUGGUACAGUCCAGCGAGAACCUCCUCGACGACCAACGCCGUUGAUCACUUCGGUAACAGGGCUGGCAGGGAAUGAGCAAGACUCUUCCUUUGAUCAUAGUGCCUCGACUGCGUUCCCCGAUUCAAACCGAUCGGUUUCUCGCAAGAGGUCGGCGCCGAAUAUUAUUGACGAAGCGAACAAAUACCCAAGAAAUCAAGAACUCAAUUUAUACACGCCAGAGAGCUCGCGGUCGCUGGCUUUUGCUGGGGGUCCUGGUGAUCCGAGAGAGCUCAUUUGUCUCUGUACCAAAGCGCCCAAGGUACCGAGACCAAGAAAUGCUUUCAUUCUAUACCGUCAACAUCAUCAGGCCUCGGUCGCCGCACAGCACCCUGGUCUUGCGAAUCCGGAAAUAUCGAAGCUCAUUGGCGAGAAGUGGCGUGAGCAGCCCGAGGAGGUCAAGGACUCUUGGAAACGGUUGGCCGAAGAAGAAAAGCUUCGGCACCAGCGCCAGUAUCCGGACUACCGCUAUCAGCCACGGCGAGGCGGUAAGAACGGAACCAGUGGGAAACCGGCGCCCGGUGCUUCGGCUGACGACCCGGGCCGCUGUCAAAAGUGCGGCGGAAGAUUCAUCGCGACCCCCAGAACACCAAGUACACCGUUCAGCGCAGCCAUGACACCGGCAUUCGCAAAACCCAUGGCCGCGGGUCUUCCACCUGGUGCUCAUGUUAUGAGCGGUGGCUACGUGACGCUAGGGACAAUGGUGCAUAAUUCCAAUGCCAGGGUCAUUGAGACGGACCAUCCAAUGAGACGUGGUAGCAAUACAAGCAUGAUGAGUGUAGACUCGCACGGCCGAAGAUACACACAGCCAUAUCUCAGAGACAUUGAUGAGGACUAUGCCAUCAUGAGCCCUACAGCACCACCUCACAAGCGACCACGUUACAAUAAUGGAUACAUACCCGUCAGCCCUCCACUGACAUAUAUGCCGCUUCCUCCAGAGCCCAGGUACAUCCAGCAGCGAUCGAGUACAACCGGCUCACCCAUGUCUACCAUGGGCUAUGGACCCAACCCCAUGUCUCGAGUAUCACAGCACCAGCACCAACAGCAGCACCAACAGAGUUCGUAUCACCAAGCUCAUAUGCAGCCUCCGCCACGGCCGAGCGUGUCAUACGCCGGUGGUGUGCCAAUGCAAAUCUCUUCUUCGCAUGGCACGAUUCCUGGAUUUGACGAAUCGCUACGAUUGCCGCCCCUCCAGACACAGAUGCCCGACUCGCCGAGCAUGACCUCGGACUCUGGUGCAAUGGUGACUUCAACGCAAGGUCCGACAGGGCUGGGAAUCAUGGCUCCUCACACCCACCAACAACAGCAACAACAGCCGCCGCCGCUAUCUUCCGGACCGCAUCCACCAUCACCGGGUCAGCGACCGCAGUGGCUUAACAGACUCGAAAUGCUCCGUGCCAUUAGUCCACCGCUCAAGAACCCCGGCGGUAGUCUUUUGCCUUUUGAAGUGCGCGGUCCCCUCAUUGCCCUCGAAGGAGCCUCCCGGGCUAUUCUAAAGGAAAUCACGUCCGUUGUCGAGAAAGCAUUAUCGGUGUCCGGAGAGUGUAGUGUCAAGAUAUGGGACGGCGCGGAAUCUACCAGUCUUUCCGGGAGCCGAAUCACUGGAGACGAUGCAUCAUCGAGAAGCCAUGGAGAGUCUCAAGCCGAUUUCCUCAACUUCACCAGUCCUGUAGCGAAAUUCCAAGUUCAGAUGCUCAAGUGGCAUCGCUUGUCAGAGGAAUUGGUAAAAUACAUCACGCACUUUCCGUCAUCGGAUGCUGGCCAGUCUGCAAACGGGCCAGGAGGAGACAGAGACAAGUCGUCGACGUCGUCGUCGUCGGCGGGUGGAUCAAUCACGAUGAGUACUGUAAAUACACCCGGACCGAAGCAUGGCGCUCACCAAUCUGUACACACGCUGCCGGUCGCUGUUCUCAGUGCUGGCUAUUCCCUCAAGGCCUCGGACCGGUCCGCCGCUGCCCUGCACAUUGCCGAUGCGUAUCGGCCAGACGACCACUGGCGCUGGGUGGCCACCAUGUGGCGUGGUAUUGUUGGCCCCGACCUCACCGUAUAUAUCAUGCGUUGCACAGAGCUAGAGAUGAGGGUCAAUCAAGUCGUCGAGUUUGCCAAUGCGGGUGUCUUGGUCGUCAGGAUCCCCGAGAGCGCUGGGAACGAAACGGCAGUAGUGGACGAGAGGCUGGAGCGACGGUUGGGUUUUGAGAUUAUGGAAUGGGUGCGGAAUGGGCAGUUUGGCCGAAUUUCCAGCUAG